AUGCUCGGCAAGCCUACCAGCCCCGCCAUCUACACACCAUGGAGCAUCAUUCAGAUCGUUGAGCUUAUAGUGUUUCUGCCCCUGAAUUUGAUUCCUUACGUGGGCACUCCGGCUUUCAUCAUGAUCACUGGCGCGCGACUGGGAAAGUUGGCACACUAUCGCUGGUUCCAGCUCCGAGGCCUGUCCAAGGCGGAGCAGAAGAAAGAACUGAAACGCCUCAGCUGGGAAAACCUAUGGUUUGGCUCCGUGGCCAUGAUUCUGGAGCUCAUCCCCAUUCUUUCCUUCUUCUUUCUCCUGACGUCCUCUACCGGAGCUGCGCUGUGGACUGCGCGAAUGGAGCACGAGGCCCGACAGCGCGAUCUAGAGGCGGCUGCAGACCCAACUAGGCCUCCCCCAUACACGGAUUAG